CCAUCAAACUGACCAAUUGCGUAGUCAGCAUCCAACUCAUUGCAUGUGCACCGCAACGCACUCUCUCUCUUUCUCCAAACUGUCUCUUUCAUAUCUUCGAUCCUUCUUGCAGAUUCCGAUAUAUGUUUGACUAACCCUAAUUCACUCAAUUUAGUGCAUUCAAUUCGACUCCCAAUCGAAUUGUCCACUGAAUUAGGGUUUGGGACUGUGAUUUAGAGACAGAGAGAGAAUGGAUGAUCAGUUGGAGAGGUUGGGAUCGGAUGGGGCGGCGGGGCCGGAGGAGGCGAGUAUGAAGGAGGAGCUGUGUAUGGAGAUUGAUCCACCGUUCAAAGAAAACCUUGCCACCGCCGAUGACUGGAGGAAAGCGCUCAAUAAGGUGGUUCCGGCGGUGGUGGUGCUUCGGACCACCGCUUGUCGGGCGUUCGAUACCGAAUCGGCCGGUGCGAGCUACGCAACGGGGUUUGUUGUUGAUAAGCGGCGAGGGAUUAUACUGACGAAUCGUCAUGUUGUGAAGCCUGGACCUGUAGUUGCGGAGGCUAUGUUUGUAAACCGUGAAGAAAUUCCUGUACAUCCUAUAUACAGAGACCCGGUUCAUGAUUUUGGCUUCUUUCGCUAUGACCCUGGUGCCAUACAAUUUCUGAGCUACGAGGAGAUUCCUCUUGCUCCAGAGGCUGCUUGUGUUGGACUAGAAAUCAGGGUGGUUGGUAAUGAUAGUGGAGAGAAGGUCUCCAUUUUGGCUGGUACGCUUGCUCGUUUGGAUAGAGAUGCUCCUCAUUACAAAAAGGAUGGCUACAAUGACUUCAACACAUUCUACAUGCAAGCGGCAUCUGGGACUAAAGGGGGUUCCAGUGGUUCUCCAGUAAUUGAUUGGCAAGGCAGGGCAGUGGCAUUGAAUGCUGGGAGCAAGUCAUCAAGUGCUUCGGCAUUUUUUUUGCCUUUAGAAAGAGUUGUAAGGGCUUUAAAGUUCUUCCAGGAGGGAAGAGAUUCAUUUUGUGACCAGUGGGAGGCUGUUACUAUUCCUCGUGGUACACUUCAGGUGACGUUCCUGCACAAAGGAUUUGAUGAGACACGUCGCCUUGGUCUCCAAAGUGAUACAGAACAGAUGGUGCGCAAUGCAUCACCGGUUGGGGAAACUGGAAUGCUUGUUGUUGAUUCUGUGGUGCCUGGUGGCCCAGCUCACAGCCUUUUGGAGCCUGGUGAUGUGCUUGUUCGGAUAAAUGGGGAUGUAAUUACUCAGUUCCUAAAAUUGGAAACAUUACUUGAUGACAGUGUGGACCGAAACAUUGAAUUACAGAUUGAAAGGGGUGGCACACCAUUGACUGUAGACUUGACGGUUAAGGAUCUACACUCAAUAACUCCGGAUUACUUCUUGGAAGUAAGUGGUGCUGUGAUACACCCUCUUUCAUAUCAACAGGCUAGAAAUUUUCGUUUCCACUGUGGCCUUGUAUAUGUUGCAGAACCAGGAUAUAUGCUUUUUAGAGCUGGAGUUCCCCGUCAUGCCAUUAUUAAAAAAUUUGGACGUAAGGAAAUAUCACGACUUGCCGACCUAAUUUCUGUUCUUUCCAAGCUGGCUAGGGGUGCUCGAGUGCCAUUGGAAUAUAUAAGUUACAUGGAUCGUCAUCGAAGAAAGUCAGUCCUUGUCACAAUUGAUCGCCAUGAAUGGUAUGCCCCUCCUCAGAUUUACAAUCGUGAUGACAGUACUGGUUUAUGGACGGUAAAGCCUGCUUUGCCACCUGAAUCUCCAUUCUUGUCCCUUGGCAGGAAUAAGGCUGAAAAAGCUCCUGCAAAACAUACAGCUCCAUUAGAUGCUGGUGAGGCUAGUCUAAUGGAGCAUGUGCAUCAUGAUAUCAACCAGGAAUCAACAGAUGGUUCCCCUAGUAUCGAAACUAGUUCUCAAUAUGUUGCUGUGGGAUUACAUUCUCAUGAUGACUCUGACGUUGGAACCAAAAAACGGCAAGUAGAAGAGGAUUCAUCUGCUGAUAGCAUUGUUGCUAACGGUUCCUUACAUGAGCCUAGAGAAGAGAAGUUGGAAGACUCAACAAACUUAGAAAAUACUAUUUUAGGAGAUUAUCAAGGUGCAGCAGCCGUAGCAGCUAAUGCUUCAGUAGCUGAGCGUGUUAUAGAGCCUACUCUUGUGAUGUUUGAGGUUCAUGUACCUCCUUCAUGCAUGCUUGAUGGUGUGCACUCACAACAUUUUUUUGGAACUGGUGUUGUUAUAUACCAUUCUCAUAAUAUGGGAUUGGUUGCUGUUGACAAAAACACUGUUGCGAUAUCCGUGUCUGAUGUGAUGCUUUCUUUUGCUGCCUUUCCAAUUGAAAUCCCUGGAGAGGUGGUUUUUCUCCAUCCUGUUCAUAAUUUUGCUCUUGUUGCAUAUGACCCUUCUGCUCUGGGAGCUGUUGGUGCCUCAGCAGUUCGUGCUGCUGAACUUCUUCCUGAACCUCCGCUGCGACGUGGAGAUGCAGUCAUUCUUGUGGGGUUAAGUAGGAGCCUGCAAGCUACAUCAAGGAAAUCUGUUGUCACCAACCCUUUUGCUGCUUUGAAUAUUGGGUCUGCCGAUUGUCCACGCUUCAGAGCAACCAAUAUGGAAGUCAUUGAGCUUGAUACUGACUUCGGUGGUACAUUUUCUGGUGUGCUAACUGAUGAGCAUGGAAGGGUUCAGGCUAUCUGGGGAAGCUUUUCAACUCAGCUAAAAUAUGGUUGUAGUUCAUCAGAAGAUCAUCAAUUUGUCAGAGGUAUUCCAGUUUAUACAAUCAGCCAAGUCCUUGACAAAAUCAUAUCUGGUGGAAAUGGAUCAAAUCUUCUCAUAAAUGGCAUCAAAAGGCCAAUGCCUCUUGUCAGGAUCUUAGAGGUUGAAUUUUAUCCUACUUUGCUUUCCAAGGCCCGUAGCUUUGGAUUGAGUGACAAAUGGGUACAGGCUCUUGUUAAGAAAGAUCCAAUUAGACGUCAAGUCUUACGUGUUAAAGGUUGUUUUGCUGGAUCAAAGGCUGAAAACCUAUUAGAACAAGGUGACAUGGUAUUGGCAAUUAAUAAAGAGCCAAUCACAUGCUUUCGUGACAUUGAAGAUGCUUGCCAAGCAUUAGACCAAUGUGAUGAAAUUGAUGGGAAGCUUAACAUGACUAUUUUCCGUCAGGGACGGGAAAUCGAAAUUCUUGUUGGAACAGAUGUGAGGGGUGGGAAUGGCACAACACGAGUUAUAAAUUGGUGUGGGUGCAUUGUCCAGGAUCCUCACCCGGCAGUGCGCGCUCUCGGAUUUCUUCCUAAAGAAGGCCAUGGUGUGUAUGUGGCAAGAUGGUGCCAUGGGAGUCCAGUACAUAGAUAUGGUUUGUAUGCUCUUCAGUGGAUUGUUGAAGUCAAUGGGAAACUAACUCCAGAUUUAGAUGCUUUUGUUGAUGUGACAAAGGAAAUAGAGGAUGGGGAGUUUGUUCGGGUGAGGACGGUCCACUUAAAUGGGAAGCCUCGGGUACUAACAUUGAAGCAGCAUUUGCACUACUGGCCCACAUGGGAGGUGAGGUUUGAUGCCGACACUGCAAUGUGGCGGCGUAAAAUAAUCAAAUCAUUAGACCGUGGUAUUGCAUGAUAUACAUACUCUUCUGAUUAUAUCGGGUAAAAAAUUGUUUUGAGAAUUGGGAUUUGUGCUGCCUGUAGUAGAUGUUAAAUAUACCAGGAGAGGCUCGUAUCAGGCAAUACUUGCUUAAAUGUAAUUGGCGAUUGUCUGGGAGGGAGUAUUGAUUUAUUAUUUGAAAAAUUACAUUUGAAUGAUAUCACAAGUUAAA